GCUGAUUUAAAAAGCUGAUUUAUCUCAAAUAAAAUGAGCAGAGAAAGAAUUUAGCUAGAAAUUGAAAUUAGGUUAAUUCAAUAAUCAAACUAAUCCAGAAAUUUCUUAAUAACCGAUAGGGCAGAGCAUAAAUAGCUAUUCAAUUAUUCUUCAGUUAUUGCAUUAAACCCCCAUUUAACAAUCUAUGCAGAUUUAGAGUGGGAAUUAGAUUUUUUAAAUUAUUUAAAAUUGUUCCACAGUUUUUCAAUUGGAAUCAACUCAGGAAGGUAAGAAUGUUACCCAAAUAUUAAAUAGUUUCAUCACAAUCUUUGAUUUAUGA